ACUCUUCAAUAUCAUUGAUAUAGAAGAGCCGUUCAGAGAUUCAAUAGAACACAAAAUCGAGUUGUAAAAGUUGUUGUUAUAUAUAUUUUCUGGAACAGAAACCAUGCACUAUACUUUAAAUAUUGCGAUAUUGUUUAUUGCAAUACUUUCUUUAUUAUCGAAUGCUUUGGCUGAUGCAGAUGUCGAUGAUGUAACAGUAAAAGCUAAUGCAGAUCUAGAUCUAGAUGCAGAUAAAGAUUCAGAAAAUAGUGAUGAAGGUGGAUCUUUGAGAUAUGAAGAAUCAGUUUUGGUUUUAAAUGGAGACAAUUUUGAUGAUGUCAUUAAAGCCAAUCCAGUUGUUCUGGUUGAAUUUUAUGCUCCAUGGUGUGGACACUGCAAAAAUCUGGCUCCAGAGUAUUCAGCAGCUGCUAAAGAGUUGGCGUCCAGUGACCCACCUGUGGUGUUAGCCAAAGUUGAUGCUACAGUUCAUAGUGAACUUGCUCAGAGAUUUGAUGUGACUGGAUAUCCAACACUUAAAUUUUUCAAAAAUGGAAAAGAAUAUCCAUAUGAAGGACCAAGAGAAACUCAGGGAAUCAUUAGUUACAUGAAAGAGCGAGCUAAACCUGAUUGGGCUCCAGAACCUGAUGCUGUGGUUACCUUGACCCAGACUAAUUUUGAUGAAGUUAUAAAUGCUAAUGACCUCAUCUUAGUGGAAUUUUAUGCCCCUUGGUGUGGUCACUGCAAACGAUUGGCACCUACUUAUGAAAAAGCAGCAAAAUCUCUACUCAAAAAUAACCCACCUAUUACUCUUGCCAAGGUUGAUGCUACAAAAGAAGCAGAUCUUGCUAAAAAAUAUGAAAUCAGUGGUUACCCCACAUUGAAGAUCUUCAGAAAGGGGAAGCCUUCUGAUUACAAGGGAAAAUAUGAGAGUGAAUAUGAUAUUGUUGUACACAUGAGGAAUCAGCUGGGAGAUGGAGCUAAAGAAAUUGCAAGUCUCAAGGCAUUAAAGGAGUUUUUUUCUGUAGAUGAUGUAACUGUCAUAGGGUUCUUUGAGUCCAAGGAGGAACCUUUGGCACAACCUUAUAAAGACUUCUCUGAUGAAAACAGAGAAGACUAUACUUUUGGUAUAGUGUACAACAAGGAGGCCAGGGAGGCUUACAAAAUCAAACCAAACUCUGUUGUUGUUUUCAACUCUGAAAGAUUUUACACAAAGUAUGAACCAAAGUGGCAUGUCUUAGAAAUUAAGGAAGAAACAAGUGCAGUUGAUGUGAAAAGUUUCAUUGAGAAGCACCACCUUCCCUUGGUUGGUCAUUACCAUGGAUCAUUGAUACCUCGUUACCAGGGAAAGAAACCCCUGUGUCUGGUCUUCUACACUGUGGACUUUAGCUUUGAGCAUAGAGAAGCCACUCAGUUUUGGAGAAACAAGAUAGCUGCCAUCGCAAAGAAGUUUCCAGACAUUACGUUUGCUGUAGUAGAUGAUGAAACUAACAGUCCCUUGAUGGAAGAGUUUGGUUUAGGAGAUUCUGGGGAGGACGUCAACGUUGGCUUGUUUGGUGCUGAUGGUAAAAGGUACGGCAUGAAACCCAUGGAGGAAUUUGAUAGUGAUGACAUCAUUGAAUUCCUAAACAAAUACAAAAAAGGAAAACUAAAGCCCUAUGUUAAAUCUCAGAGAGCCCCCAAGAAACAGACAGGGCCAGUAACUGUUGUUGUAGCUCACACUUUUGGUGACAUAGUCCUGGACAACAAGAAAGAUGUUCUUAUUGAAUUAUAUGCACCUUGGUGUGGACACUGCAAAAAUCUAGAACCAAUCUACAAUGAUUUGGCUAAAAAACUGAAAGCAGAGAAGAACUUGGUCAUUGCCAAGAUGGAUGCCACAGCUAAUGAUCUGCCAGACAACUACAGCUCAACAGGGUUUCCAACUAUCUACUUUGCUCCAGCUAACAAUAAAAAGUCUCCAAUUAAAUAUGAAGGAGAGAGAACAUUGGAAGCUUUUGAAAAAUUUCUGAAAGAACAGGCCACAGUUUCUUUUGGUAAAGUGGUCAAAGAAGAAUUGUGAUUAUUUAGUAAUAUUAGAAGAGUGUUCAAUUUAAAAUUGUAAAGUGAUUUCUUUUUAAAUUUUGUUUUGAUAAUUAUGCUAAUGUUUGAAUUGGAUGAUCUGUGAAUUUUAAAACUACAUUAAUGUGUUUAUUGGCUCCCAGACUUACAUGACCAAAUGAUUUCACUAUGACUUCACUUCUUAAUUGGCAUUGGACUUGUUUUUUGCCUAGUUCAGUUAACUUGAUUAUUUUUAUUGCUAGAAAAAAAUUAUGUAGCCGUUUCUCAAGAAUGAGAAAAACAAAUGUGCCAAGUUUUAGCCAAAGAACUUAUUGAGCUUAUUAAGCGUUUUUUAAAGUUGGCAUGUUAGACAAAACAAUGCCAAGUACAGUAUGGCUUUACAUGGUUUAUUUCUGUUUUUUUUUUUAUUUGUUAUUUGAUAAUUUAAAUGUACUCGUAAUUUUCUGAGUCACUUUGUUGUGAAUAUUUUGAAUUGAUUCAUUUCUUAAUUUGUGCUUCAUAACUUUGACAUUGUUAAUUAAUCUAAACUUGUUUGAUAUUAAUGAAUGUCAGAUUUGUACUCAUUAUUGUUAUCAAUCCUACAAACCACAAGAGUUUAGCUUCCAUAUUGUUUUUAGCAUUUCUGAACCAUAUGCUAUGAAUUUUAUGACAUAUGUUUACGAAGUAUCGUCUCUUAAAUUUUAAACACAUGUGCCUAAAUUUUUUUAAAGUCUUUUUUGUGUGUUUUUGCCAGUUAAAUAAUGAUAUAAUCAUUCGUUUAAACAUAACUUUGGUUUGUUGUAUAAAUGAAAUGUUUAUAUCAUAUGAAAGUAUUUUUAUUCCUCUUGGUGUUGUAUCUUCUAUUUGGCUACAUUUAUAUCUAAAAGGAAGAGUACAUGGCUAUGCCAGUUUGAAACUGUGUGAUAAUUGAAAUUAAACUAUUAACGUUUGACGUGAUAUACAAUAGCAUUCCUU